AUGAUCGCACUUGAACUCGUGUCCCACAGGAGUUUGGGAGAUAUAGUUGCGCUGUUGGCUCUGGCUCCGCCCCCACGUGAUGGUUCGGCUUUGGAGGAGAUGCGGAGUGUGAAGAGGGAGCAGAGAGCCUCCAAAACAGGACGCCCCCACCCCUCUCACUUACCCACCAAUAAAGUCACGUGGGUCCCGGUGCGCGCAGAGCAGAGACGGCCCGCCCCAAGCAGCAGUAGCAGCAUCACCCUCAGCAUCAUCAUCAUCAUCAUCACCCCAGAGUACACAGAAGAGGAGGGUGCAAGGUAA